GAUACUGAUUCUUGUGAUUCUUAACAAACAACGCCAUUACAAUGCAUAUAUCUUGGAAGUUUCUUUUUGCCUUGAUCAAAUCACCACCUAAUAACAAAUUCCACAUACAAAAUAAAAAUUAAAUUAAAUUAAUCCCCACUUAACUAAACCCUAUUAAUUUCAUUAGUUCUCUUAAUUCUCCUCCCGCCGCUAUGUCAAGCAGCACCGGCGACGCCGCCAUUUACAGCCGAAAACUCGACAUUUUCCUCAUCGCCAUCGGCUCCGCCGGCGCCGUCGUCACCAUUUACCACUGCAUCAUGGCUUGUUGGUGUGAUCGCCGCCGCUUCCUCUCCGGCGACCAAUCGUCGGUUAACGACCCUCACACCUUACCGAUAACGGAUACGCCGCGGAGCACCGAGAAUUCGGUGGUUCAUUUGAUUCCGGCUCACAAGUAUGAGAAGCGAAUGGCGGUGGACGGCGGUGGUGGCGGUAAAGACGUGGAUGGGGAUGGCACGUGCGCGAUUUGUUUGAGUGAAUUUGAAGAAGGGGAGGAAAUAAAGACGUUGCCUGAGUGUAAGCAUUCGUAUCACAUGCCGUGUAUCGACAUGUGGCUUUACUCUCACUCCAGCUGUCCGAUGUGUCGUACUAAUGCUACUCCGACGUCGUUUAACGAUAGGCUGCAGUUUGAAACGCAGUCCAAUUCUGGGAUUGUUGUGCACGUGCUUCCCACGAGGGGUUGAGUUACUCUAUACUUUCUUAUAUAUAUAUGAAAAGAAAUUGAAAACUACCUUUCCCAGUUUUACUAACCCGUGACGACAAACAACACAGUAAAUUUCUACUUUUUCUU